AUGGGGUUAGGCGUCGGUUUCGGCGCUGCGGUACGCCGUGUGCUGCUCGUUUGCACGGUGGCGUUGCUGGCAAACAAUGCCCUGGCCACAGUGGAGGAGGCGCCUGCAGUAGGAAAGGCUGACCCGGGGCGCUAUGCCGCUGUGAGUGAAACUCCUGAAAGACAGGUGAGCAACACGCCCUCACCUCCGGAAUCCCCUGGAACUCCAGGUGCACCAUCACAGGCGUUAAAAGACACGCCUGAUGCUUCAAAGGAGGCUGCAUACGGAAGCAUAGUGAAAACAGCGCCUGAAAAGGCUAGCACAGCUGAAGUAACACCAGAGAAACCAAGUGAAGAGGUGGUACAGCAAGGUGCGACACCCUCAACAGAAGACCCAGUAGAACUAGAUUUCGAGAAUGCGACACUCGUGCCGAAAGUCUUGCCCGACUCAGGCCGCGAGUAUGCGGAAGUCGUGGGAAAAGACAGCUCAAAGACACCAGUUGAAGAGGUGAAGACGCCGACGAAAGAAGCUCCUGCAGACGCCCCGGUGGUAGUAGGCACAGUAAUGAAGAAGGCAGCACCACCACCUGCUGCCGGCAAGGUUCCAGUGAAAGAAUCUCUCAUAGUGCCUUCGCGUGCACAGUUCACAGGGGAAGAUACCGGCGCCGCCCAGUCUGGUGGAGAUGGCAAAGGCGUGAAAAGGGGUAUAGAGGCAUUACAGUCGGAGGAUCCCAACAUGCCUUCUAAGGUCAGUAAGACGAUAACGAGUGCUGCGAAGCCCGACGCGUUUGACAAAGUGAACGUUGGUGCGGACAAAACAGCUUUCGUCAAGGAUGACGCCUCGACCAAUGGCACUACCACAUCGGAGGAUGCCUCAUCCGCGUCCAGGCUAACUACUCUGUCCGGGGAUGUUAUGGUAAUGGAACCAAUCAUGGAAUCUGAAUUGGAGUGGGAAGACGAAUUUGAGGAGGAUGAUGAUGAUGAUGAUGAUGAGUCAAGUUGGCGUCCUAUAGUAUGGACUACACCACCGCCAUUUGUCGACAUGGCUCAACCGUAUGUAUUACCAGCCGCAGAACAGAAAUCGGCUAACAAUGAAAGUGCAAAAGUGUCAACACCACAAUCGCCAACCGUCAAAGCUCCUGAUGCAACAAUUGUUACGGCACCUGAUGCCACAACUGUCAAAGCUCCUGAUGCAGCAACCGUUAAAGCUCCUGAUGCAACAAUUGUUACGGCACCUGAUGCAACAACCGUUAAAGCUCCUGAUGCCACAACCGUUAAAGCUCCUGAUGCCACAACCGUUAAAGCUCCUGAUGCUACAACCGUUAAAGCUCCGGAAUCAACAAUUGUUACGGCAGCUGAGCCUAGACGAUAUGAGGACGCUUCCACACAAACGGAUCCUGUGAUAGUUUUAGAACCACUGGAGAUAACAAAUGAGCCUAACAAAAGCAUUGGUGCGGAAAGCAGCAGUGUUGCUGGGAGUUCGGCCCCUGCUAAACCACUCCGGGCUCAAAUUGGGCAGUACACAACGCGCGAAAGCGAUGGCAAUAAAUCGACUGUUACGUUUGUUAACAGAUACGGGAAGCCGAUUGGUGCAGCUUAUAAGGUGCAAAGCGUUGCCAGUAGUUCAUCAGAGGUACCCAUGGGGACCAUACGUUACCGGCAAAGCCCAGAUGACCAUACUUAUUCCAAUAUCGGCGGAGCAUAUAUGCCCCUUGGAGUUACAGCGGCUCUACAACCAAGGGAAUAUGGCACGUCCUACGGGGACUACGUACCUAUGAGCGCAGGGCCGACACAAUUUGAUGACCCGGAGAAGCACACCUACGAACCUCUUCAUUUCCUUGAAGAAAAUGAUGAGGAGGUUUUGGAAAAUCAGGAUGAGACUGCUGCUAAUGACGAUGAUGAUGAUGAAGAUAUCUAUGAGGCCAUCAAUCUUAACCGCUCAACAGAGGAGCCAAAAAGUGAGCCGACGACGUCACAAAACCUAAGUGGAUCCCAAAAGCGCACCUCUGUGACUGAUGCAUACGUUGCCAGCGUGGAUAAGGCUGCCGCGAGACUGAAAAAGCCGUUUGCGCGCUUUAAGGACUACGCAGCCAAAAAGGUCAACGCAGCUAAGUCAUACCUCUUUGGUACCGGCAAGAAGGUUACGCGUGCCGUUGAUGUCGUUGUCGACUGCGCCGAAAGCGGGUGUGAUCAUGCUCGUCGCGCGAAGGAUGACAUUGCUGGGAGGCUGAGACGGGGGCAUCAUGCGGAAAGCGAUCGUCUUUGA